AUUUGAAGAAGGAAAAUUCAAUCGAAUUAAGCCAACAACCGCAACCACCGCGCGAAGAUUCGAGAGUCGGAGGAGGAGGAGGAGUCAGCUAUGUCGCAGGGCAGUGGAAGUGGCGUCGUCGUCGGCGGUGGUGGUGGAGGUGAUGGGGGGCUGGAGUUUCAGCUGCCGGACGAGAUCUUAUCGGUUAUACCGAGCGACCCGUACGACCAGCUGGAUCUGGCGCGGAAGAUUACGUCCAUGGCCAUAGCGUCUAGGGUUUCGAAGCUGGAGUCUGAGAUGGGGAAAAUGAGGCAGAAGCUCCAGGACAAAGAUAGGGUUGUGUUUGAGCUGGAGGAAAGGGUUUCCCGCCUCCAGCACGCCAACCACGAGGCUGAGUCUCGCCUGAGAAUUGCCCUGGAUGAGAAUUUGAAGGUUUCCAAGGAACGAGAUUCAUUGGCAUUGACUACAAAAAAGCUCAGCCGUGAUUUAGCAAAGUUGGAGACAUUUAAGAGACAACUAAUGCAGUCACUGAAUGAAGAUAACGGAUCCCCAGCUGAAACUGUUGAUAUUGGCACAGUUCCUAAGGCAUAUCCUGAAAAGGAUGAGGACACAAAUGUCUACACUGGACAAUAUUCCUCAAGCAGUUCCACAGAUAAGGGAGCAACUGAUGAAGCCUUGAAGAAUUCUGGUCAAGGAUUUUCUAUGACUCCAUAUAUCACUCCGCGGCUUACUCCAACUGGAACUCCAAAGAUUAUUUCCACAAGUGGGUCACCUAGAGGGUAUUCUGCCAUUUCUUCUCCUCAGCAAUCCUCUGGUGCCACAUCACCCCAAAAACCCGCCUAUAAAGAACGGAGUUCAUUUUCUUCAUGGUACUCGUCAAGCCAGCAGUCAUCAGCAGCAAACUCUCCACCUCGUGGACGUUCACAUUCAGGGCGCACUCCUAGAAUUGACGGAAAAGAGUUCUUUCGUCAAGCCAGGAGCCGUCUAUCAUAUGAGCAGUUCAGUGCAUUUCUGGCUAACAUCAAGGAACUAAAUGCUCAUAAGCAAACCAGAGAGGAAACUUUAAGGAAAGCGGAAGAAAUAUUCGGGACUGAUAACAAAGAUCUUUAUUUAUCAUUCCAAGGACUGCUUAACCGCAAUAUACACUAGCAUUUACAAUACAGUUGCUUGGUACUGAUAAUAAUUGGUUGUGCAAAAGUUGUUCGCAGAUUCCUUUGUUAGGCUGUGGGUUGAGCUUGUUCUUGGCUACGUUGCUCCUUUGGAUGGAAGGUCCAUGGGUUGUCCUCUGAGGCAUAUCAAUUUUUGAGAUGUAAUCAACAUCGAGUUGAGUUCCAGCAAACUAGAGUAAGGUUUUGUAGGCUUGAGAAUGUCAUGGAAUGCAGGUAUGCUAUGUAAAUAAUUGCUUUAUCGUUCAGACUAUACCUGCUUGUUCAUUUGAAACAGAACUAAUUGGCAUUACCAUUUUGCGGUUGUCAUUUGUUGACUUUGGAUGUAAAGUUGGAGCCCUCUUUAUUAGAUUGAAAAUUGCAAUA